GGCUGUUUUGAAAGGGGGCGUGACUUUAAAAGUAAAUACUGGCUUAGACUCUCAACCAAGAAACUGUGCCGAGUCUAAGCAGGACUGACUUCAAAGACGAGGUUGACGCCCGUGACAGACAGACAGACAGACAGAAUGAGUUCCCAGGCGUGUGCGCUUUUCUCCAGUCUGCUUGUAGCCCUGUGGUUUGGGGAGUUGACCAACGCCUGCACCUGUGGACCGCAACACCCCCAGACUGCUUUCUGCAACUCGGAUGUGGUGAUCCGAGGAAAAAUCGUCAGUUCUGAGGAGGUGGACUUGGAGAACCGUACAGAUGGGACCGGAAUGUGGAUGCGCUAUGAGAUUAAACAAACCAAGAUGUUCAAAGGCUUUGAGAGAUUGUCUGAAGUGCAGUACGUCUACACCCCUCGCGACGAAGGCCUGUGCGGGUUCGAGCCCCGUGCCGCCGCCAAGGAGACGGAGUUUCUGUUCUCUGGCAUGCUGACCGUGGGGGACAGGCUGACCGUGACUCUGUGCAGCUUCAUUCAGCCCUGGAACAAUCUGAGCCCUGCCCAGAGGAAAGGGCUAAUGCACACCUACAAACGCAACUGCGACUGCAGGAUCACUCCCUGUAACUCCAUCCCCUGUCAGCUGUCCACUGAAGCGGAGUGCCUGUGGACCGACAGCCUGUUCUCUCAUGGCUGGGACCACUUGCAGGCCCGGCAGUAUGCCUGCGUUCACCAGGGAGACGGCUCCUGCACCUGGGCAGCGCAGAAACCCGCACAGCAGGCCUCGGGCCUGCACGGGGCUUCCAAUCAAUAAACGGCGACCUGCAGUACGGAAGAACUGCUUGGGGAGGGCAGAACCUUUUUAUACUGCCUUCCCUUUUAAGAAAACUGUCCUGGGAUUUGAGAAAUGUUUUAGUUUUAUAUUUAUAACCUAAAUAUGGAAACAAUAAGGCAUUUAACUAACAAUUCAGUGGCUCCAAAUGAUAAAUGGACAAUGUGUGAAUUGUUUGUGGUUCUGGGUGUCUAAAUUAGCCUUCAAUCUAAUUCAGCUUCAACCUUUUUAUUUAUUGGUAACUUUUGCUGGUGGCUUAGUAAUUAAAACUGAAACCUUACUUCACUUUUUUUUUUUUUUUUUUUUUUUUUUUUUUCAUUCCCAGGG